UUUUUGUGUCACCUGACUGUCACCUGCUCCCGUAAGCCUGCCGCCUCUCCUCGCUCGACCCAGGCGGCCACCGUCCCGGUAACCUAAGAGCUUAGCCCGCGGCGCGGCUACCGCUGUCCUGGAGGUCUGCGCCUGCAACAUGGGGAGACAGAGCGCCGCUGAGGUCCUCUUCCUCGCUCUGAACCACAACAUCACCAUUGUGGGGAAGAUCUGGCUGGUGCUGAUGGUCCUGCUGAGGGUCCUGGUGCUCCUGCUGGCGGGGUACCCCCUCUACCAGGACGAGCAGGAGCGCUUCGUCUGCAACACCAUCCAGCCAGGCUGCGCCAACGUGUGCUACGACGUCUUCUCCCCGCUCUCCCUGUUCAGGUUCUGGCUGGUGCAGCUCACCACGCUCUGCCUGCCCUACCUGGUGUUCGUGGUCCACGUCGUCCACAAAGUGUCCCGGGGCCUCGCCGCGGAGGGCCGCGCCCCCGGCAGGGCCAAAGCCGCGCCCCCGUACAAGGCCCGGCGGGAGCCUGGCGGGAAGGCCGCCUCUCCGAGCGGGACGGAGAGGGGCGGGGCCCGCAGCUUCACGGCCGCCUACGUGGUCCACCUGCUGCUGCGCAUGGUGCUGGAGGCCGGCUUCGGCGUGGCGCACUACUACCUGUUCGGCUUCCACAUCCCCAAGCAGUUCCUGUGCCAGCAGGCGCCCUGCACCACCACCGUGGACUGCUACAUCUCCCGGCCCACGGAGAAGACGGUCAUGCUCAACUUCAUGCUGGCGGUGAGCGCCCUGUCCUUCCUGCUCAACUUCGCCGACCUCGUCUGCGCCAUCGAGUGGUCAGUCCAGCAGAGGAGCGGGAGCAAGACGGUGGUGGAGAAGGCGUACGAGGAGGAGCAGUACUACCUCUCGCCCCCGAGCGGGAGGAGCGUGGGGGCGGAGCUCCCGCUCCCGCUCGCCCGCGACCUCGUGACCUCCGCCGCCUUCCGCAAGAGGGCGGCCAGCAAGUCCAGCACCGACGAGGCGGCGUCCGUCCGCCUGGAGGCGCCCGGCCGCCAGACCGCCGCCUGCGACGGUUUCCCGCCUCCACCGCCGCCGCUGCCGCUGCCAGGCAACGGCGCCAACGCCAACGGCAACAACGUGUACGUGCAGGCCCAGGAGGAUGCGCCCGAACGCGAGGGCAGCGACGCCCCGCUCUGCCCGACCGACGCCAGGGGGACGCCGCGGUCCAUCCGCGUCUGCAAGCACAGCCGCCUGAAGCCGCCCCCGCCCCCCCGGCGGGACAAGGCCGCGGCCCCGCCCACCCCGGAGCUGUGCGGUCGGAGGGUGGGCCAGUACACUCUGGUGGAGCUGGCCUCAGAGCUGCAGUCCAACAGCAGCGACAUGCAGGAGAAGCGGUCUGAGUGGGUGUGAGCAGCAGUGCUGGCUCAGUACUAUGCAGAGUUUCAGUACUGAACAGGGGGCUGUUGAAACAUGUGCAUUGAGCCAGAACCUGCAGUGCUGAGGCUGGAGUAAUACGGAAGUAUGCGCCGUGAGGUGAAUUCCCCUCUGAGGCAGUGUCCUGUACUGUACGCCCCGGAAAAUGGCUACCUGGAGUGACAGUCGGCUGUCCUGACCUUCGCCAUAGCAACUGUUAUGAGCCUCAGCUGUUCUCUGAGUCAUAAGCCCGGGUCAGCUCUGUCACCGGGUCAGCAAGCAAGGUCGGGCCCCUUGUUGCCCAGACACCAGGCCCCAUACCGGUUCUGUGGGCCCGGGCCCUGGGGCGAGGGCCAGCACACGGAACCCUGUGAACCUGGGCUGAGCCUCGCGUAAAGCAGGCGUCCUGGGUGAGGGACGGCUUGUUCCAGAGCCUCAGAGCCCCGCAGAACUGAGCAGAGCCCUUUGCCAUCAAGGACAGGCCAUCUCCUGGUGGACACCAGCUCCCUAAGCAAUUACUGCCAGAGCAUGCUCAGUAUUUAUGGAGCUGGCUUGUCACACUAUUUUAAGGACCCAGGGGGAUUAAGGAGUGUGCUUUAGACAUAUAUGACAACGAAAAUAGAGCGCAACCGUUCAGCUGUAAGGGGAGACCGCCUCGAUAUCUGCCCUUCAAGCUGUGGGAUGCCAGACAUCGUGGUAUUCAUUUCGCCUCUGCCAAAUUACCUUUCUGAAUGCCCUACAAUUUUGUUUUUUAUUUGAGUCAAAGUUGUGUCAGUCAGAAGAAACAGCAAUGAAUAUUUUAUGAAUAUUGUACUAGUAUGAAUGUUUCAAGAAGAUGUUUUACUUGCGCUUAAUCAUUUUAAUUUCUUAAUUUUCAAAAAUGGCAAGGUUUUAAAUGAUGAGAAAUUGCAGUUGUUAUUGUGGGGAAGGACUUUUGUGCAAUUGGCUGAAGUUGUAUCAUCAGCAAGUUGUAUUAUUACUGUGUAUCAAUGUGUAUUCCAUUACUUUUCAACAGCAGAAACAUGAUUACCAUCAUCUGCUGAGAUUACAGGGGCUAUAUUCAUGAUAAUGUCAGGUCUCUAAAAACACUGAAGCAUUAUCUUUGUUAACAUACUAGUUGUUUUCUAGAAGAUUUCAGAUGCUGCAGCCAAAGUACUGUUUCUCUUCACUGUCUUCAGUUUAUUGUCAGUUCAGACCGGUGGAAACAUAAUUUUUGAUAUCAGAUAUACAGUACAGACCAAAAGUAUUGGGCCACCAGUGAUUUUCUUUUAAAAAA